AUGCUGACCCGCCUGUUCAGCGAGCCCGGUCUCCUCUCGGACGUGCCCAAGUUCGCCAGCUGGGGCGACGGCGACGACGACGAGCCGAGAAGCGACAAGGGCGAGGCGCCGCCGCCACCUCCGCCUCCGCCGGGGCCCGGGGCUCCGGGGCCCGCCCGGGCCGCCAAGCCCGUCCCUCUCCGUGCUGACGAGGUGCCGGAGGCCGCGCUGGCCGAGGUCAAGGAGGAAGGCGAGCUGGGGGGCGAGGAGGAGGAGGAAGAGGAGGAAGAGGAAGGGCUGGACGAGGCAGAGGGCGAGCGGCCCAAGAAGCGCGGGCCCAAGAAGCGCAAGAUGACCAAGGCGCGCCUGGAGCGCUCCAAGCUGCGGCGGCAGAAGGCGAACGCGCGGGAGCGCAACCGCAUGCACGACCUGAACGCGGCGCUGGACAACCUGCGGAAGGUGGUGCCCUGCUACUCCAAGACACAGAAGCUGUCCAAGAUCGAGACGCUGCGCCUCGCCAAGAACUACAUCUGGGCGCUCUCUGAGAUUCUGCGCUCGGGCAAGCGACCCGACCUGGUGUCCUACGUGCAGACGCUGUGCAAGGGCCUGUCGCAGCCCACCACCAACCUGGUGGCCGGCUGCCUGCAGCUCAACUCGCGCAACUUCCUCACUGAGCAGGGCGCCGACGGCACGGGCCGCUUCCACGGCUCCGGCGGCCCAUUCGCCAUGCACCCCUACCCGUACCCGUGCUCGCGCCUGGCGGGCGCACAGUGCCAGGCGGCGGGCGGCCUGGGCAGCGGCGCGGCGCACGCCCUGCGGACCCACGGCUACUGCGCCGCCUACGAGACGCUGUACGCGGCGGCUGGCGGCGGCGGUGCGAGCCCGGACUACAACAGCUCCGAGUACGAGGGCCCGCUCAGCCCCCCGCUCUGUCUCAAUGGCAACUUCUCGCUCAAGCAGGACUCGUCGCCCGACCACGAGAAGAGCUACCAUUACUCUAUGCACUACUCGGCGCUGCCCGGCUCGCGGCCCACGGGCCACGGGCUGGUCUUCGGCUCGUCGGCUGUGCGCGGGGGCGUCCACUCGGAGAAUCUCUUGUCUUACGAUAUGCACCUUCACCACGACCGGGGCCCCGUGUACGAGGAGCUCAAUGCAUUUUUCCAUAACUGA